GAUGCAGAUUAAUAGAUAAAUAUUUUUUGCGGCGGCGCAACGAGCUGCUUGUUUUUAAAAACAAAUCACCAACGGCGUAAACGGUGACGUUGCGUACAACAAAUAAUAAAUCAUUUAAACGGCCGUGCCGACGAAAUGAUACCGAAAUCGGCGUACGCGAAUUUGCACCGAAUGAUCGGUUCGGCGAAACACCACGUCGACAAUCCAACGAGGUAAAAACCGCAUCAUUAUCACCGUCGUGGCGUGCGUGGACGACACCCAAAUAAUACUUCGAAUUAAUCUUACGAAGUUUUUACGUUUUUCAUCAUGGACAGAAGGAACACAAUCUGCUUGUUCGACGUCGACGGCACGGUAACCGAUCCCAGACAGCCGAUCGACCCGUCCAUGCGGUCGUAUCUGAUCGACGAGCUCAAGACCAAAUCCCACAUCGGCCUAGUGAGCGGUUCGGACGUGUCGAAGAUAAACGAACAAUUGGGAGGAUCAGAGUAUAUGGCCAAAUUUGAUUAUGUAUUUGCCGAGAACGGCUUGGUAGCGUUUAAGGACGGCGCAGAGUUCAAAAGACAAACUAUUGUUGAUUAUUUGGGCGAAGAUAAACUUCAAACAUUCAUCAACUUUGCUCUGGGCUAUAUGUCAAAAAUCCAAUUGCCAGUGAAACGUGGCAAUUUUGUAGAAUUUCGAACUGGCAUGAUCAAUAUCAGUCCAGUCGGACGGUCUUGUUCAAAAACUGAACGGGAUCAGUUUGAAGAGUAUGAUACAGUACAUAACAUCAGAAAAACAUUCAUAGAAAGCAUUAAGAAAAAUUUACCUGACAUCGGCUUAACUUAUAGUAUUGGUGGUCAAAUAAGUUUUGAUUGUUUUCCUAUUGGAUGGGAUAAACGGUUUUGUCUACGUUAUAUAGAAGACCAGUUCAAAGGGAAUAUACAUUUUUUUGGUGAUAAAACAUUUGUCGGAGGGAACGAUCAUGAAAUUUUCAAUGAUCCCAGAGUCCAAGGGCACACAGUGACAAAUCCAAAAGAUACUGUAUCACAAUUAAACAAUUUAUUUAAUAAUAAAAUGUAAAGUAUUAUAAAUAAUGUUGUAUACAAUUUGACAAAAUUUGACUGUUGUAUAAAGUAAAAAUUAUUAAUAAUAAUAUAAAUAAAUACAAUAAAAAAAUGUAUCACAACUGAAAUAUAUAAAA